AUGGGAGAGCACGUGCUAGAGGCGCGCAACCUGUGGACGCAGGGCUACUGGGUGUGGGCGGAUGCUGCCAUCGGUGUCUUUUUCACUCUCUUCUGCAACGCGGUUACCAUCCUCGCACUCAAAUAUCUCAACCAUGCGCACGAGCCUCAUCCGCACCACAAAGAGUACUAUGCUUCUGAUUCUCAUGCCCCUCAUGUUCCCGAUGCUCUCUCUGGUGUGGGGGAGGUGAAGCAGCACGGCAUGGUUCUCCCGUUCACCCCUCUCACUCCCUCUUUCCACAACGUUAACUACUUCGUUGACAUGCCCGCCGACCAGCGCCUGCAGCUGCUGCGUAAUGUGUCCGGUGUGUUUCGUCCCGGAGAAGACCAAGAUAUCUGCGUAUCUGGGUACCCCAAGGUGCAGGAGACGUUUGUGAGGGUGUCAGGGUAUUGUGAGCAGGAGGACAUUCACACUCACACGCCCCAGGAGUCUUGUGUACUAUCUAUCAUCUCUUCCUCGCCUCACCCUCUUCUCUCCCCCUCCAUCCCAAUAGGAGUUCGUGGAGGUGGUGGAGGAGCUGGUGGAGCUGGAGGCGGUGAAGGGGUGGGAACGGCGGGGCAGGACGGGCUGUCGGUGGAGCAGAGGAAGCGGCUCACCAUCGCAGUGGAGCUCGUUGCCAACCCGGCCAUCAUCUUCAUGGAUAAACCCACCUCAGCGGCCAUAGUGAUGAGCGCGCGGUGUGCCACAGUCAAGACUGGUCGCACCUCUUUCCCUCCCUCCCAUGCUUACCUCUUUCCCUCGCCUGCUCACCUCUUUCCCUCCCAUGAUUACCUCUUUCCCUCGCCUGCUCACCUCUUUCCCUCCCAUGAUUACCUCUUUCCCUCGCCUACUCAACUCUUUCCCUCGCCUGCUCACCUCUUUCCCUCCCAUGCUUACCUCUUUCGCUCGCCUGCGCACCUCUUUCCCUCCCAUGAUUACCUCUUUCCCUCGCCUGCUCACCUCUUUCCCUCCCAUGCUUACCUCUUUCCCUCGCCUGCUCACCUCUUUCCCUCCCAUGCUUACCUCUUUCUCCCUCGCCUGCUCACCUCUUUCCCUCCCAUGCUUACCUCUUUCCCUCGCCUGCUCACCUAUUUCCCUCCCAUGAUUACCUCUUUCCCUCGCCUGCUCACCUCUUUACCUCCCAUGCUUACCUCUUUCCCUCGCCUGCGCACCUCUUUCCCUCCCAUGCUUACCUCUUUCCCUCGCCUGCGCACCUCUUUCCCUCCCAUGCUUACCUCUUUCCCUUGCCUGCGCACCUCUUUCCCUCCCAUGCUUACCUCUUUCCCUCGCCUGCUCACCUCUUUCCCUCCCAUGCUUACCUCUUUCCCUCGCCUGCUCACCUCUUUCACCACCUUCUUACCUCUUUCCCUCACAUUUGUUCGCCUUCUUGCCUCUCUCUCCUUCCCCACAAUCUGUCGUGUUCACCGUUCCGUAGGGCUGGAUGCGAGGGUAGCGGCCAUAGUGAUGAUGGUGGUGCACAACACAGUGAAGACUGGCCGCACAGUGGUGUGCACCAUCCACCAGCCGGCCAUCGACAUCUUUGAGGCCAUUGACAAGGCAUGGCGUCAUGUGGGCACAUGUCGCAUGGUAGUGUGCACCAUCCACUAG